AUGGGUGUACUACUGCUACAGUUCAGACACACGUUCACAGACCACACCACCAACCACACGAACCCACACUUUACCACCACACACUCCCACAUCCCUUACCCCAACCACGACACCAAACCGAAACCACACCAACACCCACCACCAACAGCACCACAAGACCACACCGGACCACACCACAGACCAAACCGGACACCACCACACUACCAAACCCCCACACGACCACACCUGACCACCACCACACGACCACACCUGACCACCACCACCACCACACCGGACCACCACCACACACCACCACCGCAAACCCCCCACACACGACCACCCCCACACCGGACCAAACCACACACGACCACCACCACACCACACCGGACCACCACCACACACCACACUGGACCACCACCACACUACCACGACCACACCGGACACACCACACGAACUACCACACCACCAAACCGACCACGACCACACCGACCACACCACCACCACACCACCACACCGGACCACCACCACACCGUGACCACCACCACACGACCACCACCACACACCACACCUGACCACACCACCACACACCUGACCACCACCACACAGCAAACCGACCACCACCACACGACCACCACACACCACACCGGACACCACCACACGACCACCACCACACUACCACACCGGACACACCACAACCGGACCACCACCACACGUACCACCACCACAGACCACACCGACCACCACACCACCACACCGGACCACCACCCCACUAGCACACCUGACACCACCACACACCACCACCACACGACCACACCGGACCACCCACCACCACACCUUACCACCACCACACUACCACACACACACCACAACCUACCACCACCACACACCACUACCACACACCAACCGACAAACCACACACCAACCACACCUUACCACCACACACACACCACCACACUACACACAGGUACCACCACCACCACCAACACCGACCACACCACACUACCACCACCACACUACCACACCUUACCACCACCACACUACCACUACCACACUACCACACCUUACCACCACCACACACCACCACCACACUACCACACCUUACCACCACCACACUACCACACCUUACCACCACCACACUACCACACAUUACCACCACCACACUACCACACCUUACCUACACCACACUACCACACCUUACCACCACCACACUACCACUACCACACCUUACCACCACCACACUACCACACCUUACCACUACCACACCUUACCACUACCACACCUUACCACCACCACUACCACACUACCACACCUUACCACCACCAUAUGUAAAUAUAACUAGGAAUAAAGUGACAGAUAGUAAACAGCAGCAGCGUAUGUGAUGACUCAAAAAAGGUUUGUGCAAAAAGGGUCAAUGCAGAUAGUCUGGGUAGCUAUUUGGUUAACUAUUUAACUAACUAUUUAGCAGUGUUAUGGCUUGGGGGUAGAAGCUGUACAGGGUCCUGUUGGUUCCAGCCUCAGUACUGCUUGCCGUGCAGUAGCAGAGAGAACAGUCUAUGACUUGGGUGAUAAUGCAGUAGCAUCAAGAGAACAGUCUAUGACUAGGGUGAUAAUGCAGUAGCAGAGAGAACAUUCUGUGACUAGGGUGAUAAUGCAGUAGCAGAGAGAACAGUCUAUGACCAGGGUGAUAAUGCAGUAGCAGAGAGAACAGUCUGACCUGGGUGAUAAUGCAGUAGCAGAGAGAACAGUCUAUGACUAGGGUGAUAAUGCAGUAGCAGAGAGAACAGUCUGACCUGGGUGAUAAUGCAGUAGUAGAGAGAACAGUCUGUGACUAGGGUGAUAAUGCAGUAGCAGAGAGAACAGUCUAUGACUAGGGUGAUAAUGCAGUAGCAGAGAGAACAGUCUAUGACUAGGGUGAUAAUGCAGUAGCAGAGAGAACAGUCUGACCUGGGUGAUAAUGCUGUAGCAGAGAGAACAGUCUAUGACUAGGGUGAUAAUGCAGUAGCAGAGAGAACAGUCUGACCUGGGUGAUAAUGCAGUAGUAGAGAGAACAGUCUAUGACUAGGGUGAUAAUGCAGUAGCAGAGAGAACAGUCUAUGACUAGGGUGAUAAUGCAGUAGCAGAGAGAACAGUCUGACCUGGGUGAUAAUGCAGUAGCAGAGAGAACAGUCUAUGACUAGGGUGAUAAUGCAGUAGCAGAGAGAACAGUCUGACCUGGGUGAUAAUGCAGUAGCAGAAAGAACAGUCUAUGACUAGGGUGAUAAUGCAUACAUGCUAGAAUUUAAUUAGGACAAAGAACGCUGUAUGCUUUAUAUGGUGCUAACUUACAAUGGCAGUCAUGCACUUUCUGACUUUGUGUGUGUGUGUGUGUCUGUGUGUGCACAAGUGAAUGUGUACACGUGUGUUUGAGCUUUUGACUACACCCCCCCCCCCCCCCCCCCCACCCCCUCACUUCCUCUCUCCACCCCCACUUGCAAGUCAGGGAGGCCUCACUGCACUGCACUGCACUGUCCCUCCUUACUUCCCAGCACCAGUCAUCUACCCUUGGCUGUGACCCAAAUGUCACCCUAUUCCAAUAUAAAGUGCACUACUUUUGACCAGGGCCCAUAGUGCUCUAGUCUGGUUAAAGGUAGUGAACUAUAUAGGGAAUAGGGUGACAUUUGGGACGCAGUCUAUAUGUUUAGCUUUUUAUAAUCAUUAUUAUUAUCAAUAUUAUGAUAUUAUUAUUGCUAUUAUUAUGACUAUUGUUAUUUUCUUAAUUAGAGUUUAAAUUAACUUAUAUUUUUUAUACAAAGAAAAAAGAUGUUGGCUUUUUUGUAUUGUACAAAGUGAACAUGAAGAGAAACAGAAUGUUCUCAAGGUGUUAUAACUGUUAUAUGAAUGGUAACAAGACAUCUUAUAAUAACUGUUAUAUGAAUGGUAACAAGACAUCUUAUAAUAACUGUUAUAUGAAUGGUAACAAGACAUCUUAUAAUAACUGUUAUAUGAAUGGUAACAAGACAUCUUAUAAUAACUGUUAUAUGAAUGGUAACAAGACAUCUUAUAAUAACUGUUAUAUGAAUGGUAACAAGACAUCAUAUAAUAACUGUUAUAUGAAUGGUAACAAGACAUCUUAUAAUAACUGUUAUAUGAAUGGUAACAAGACAUCUUAUAAUAACUGUUAUAUGAAUGGUAACAAGACAUCUUACAAUAACUGUUAUAUGAAUGGUAACAAGACAUCUUAUAAUAACUGUUAUAUGAAUGGUAACAAGACAUCUUACAAUAACUGUUAUAUGAAUGGUAACAAGACAUCUUAUAAUAACUGUUAUAUGAAUGGUAACAAGACAUCUUAUAAUAACUGUUAUAAGAAUUGUCUAGAUGUGUUAUAACCGUUAUAAGAAUUGUCUAGAUGUGUUAUAACUGUUAUAAGAAUUGUCUAGAUGUGUUAUAACCGUUAUAAGAAUUGUCUAGAUGUGUUCUAACCGUUAUAAGAAUUGUCUAGAUGUGUUAUAACUGUUAUAAGAAUGGCCUAGAUGUGUUAUAACUGAGGAAUGUCUCAACUGUAAAUGUAAGAGAGCAGGAAUGAUGAUGCGUUUUUAUUUUUUAAAAUCCUGAAAACACCAAUGUGUGAGCCAAUGUUCAUUCCUGUGUGAGCUUUCAUGACUGUUUCAUAGUGCUUCAACACUGUAUAUCUGUUUUAGCUACUAAAAGCCUAGAAUGAGGCUGAUUUUAAAGCCGAAUAGGAAUACAAAUGCCUUUCUGAGGACAAUAAAGAGCAUGGCUGGUCAUGGGCGGGUCAUGGGCGGGUGGGCAAAAAAGCUGUCACACGGCGCGCAACCACUGGAGGGACGCCGGCCUCCCGAUUGCUCAUUGCGAACUGGGAUAAAGUAUCCUUCUAUCAUUGCUUAUCGUGGUGAAGCUCCUUUUAGGUCCGGGAAUAUUUUAAUGUUGCCAGCAAGGAAUACAGAAAGAUAUCAUAAGCUCCAUUUCAAUUAUUUGACUUCUUCUCGAUGAUAAAAUAGCAAUAAGGCCAGAGGAGGUGUGGUAUAUGGCCAAUAUACCACGGCUAAUGGCUGUUCUUAAGCACGACGCGGAGUGCCUGGAUACAGCCCUUAGCCGUGGUAUAUUGGCAAUAUACCACAAACACCCGAGUUGCCUUAUUGCUAUUAUAAACUGGUUACCAACGUAAUUAGAGCAGUAAAAAUACAUGUUUUGUCAUACCUGUGGUAUAUGGUCUGAAAUACCAAGGCUGACAGCCAAUCAGCAUUCAGGGCUCGACCCACCCAGUUUAUAAUUCCCUUUAGUUACCACACCUGGUACAGGGAUGGCUAACUCAGGAAAUUCCUUUGGUCUCUACUGAGUUAGGUAAAUCAGUUUUUUUGCACCUUAUUUGUGGAGCAAUCUUCAAAAUGUUCUGAAAUUUGAUGUUUUGGUGCCUCUAGGCCAAUUCAGAACGCUGAUUGAGGACCUUUUUACUGAUACAUUUUUCUUCCUGCUUGCAUUUUGUAUUUUUAUUUUGAUGUGUGUAUUUUUAUUUAUUUAUGUAAUUCAUGGCCCAUCUGUAAAAGAGACCUUGGUCUCAGUAUGACUCCCUGAUAAAAUAAAGGUUAAAAAAAUUUAACUUUCGCCACUGUGUUGACGCGCGGUAUCCCCUGACAACCGUCUGGGGAAAACAGGAAUAUUUUCUCUGAACUUUUCUCAUCGCCUCAAACGCGGGUGAGUAGAUUAUGCUUCGGCAAUAUGAUGUUGGUGUAGUUAUUUCCAGCGAAUUACAGGGUUUAUAUCGUCUCAAGAAACGUUUUGCUAUAGUAGCUAGUUUACUUAUUUGCGUGCGUGCGUUGCGCCGAUCGCACUGCACCCACAUGGUCAGAAUGUCUUAUGUAAACUCAUUAAUUCAACUCAUGAAGGUCAAUGAAUAGAAUAUGUGAAAUUUGAGUAGGCAAUACUACAUUUAACAUGUUAGUCAUUUAGCAGAAAGAGCGACUUGCAGUUAGUGCAUUCAUCUUAAAGAGGCGUUAUAUUUAGCCUACAAUGACCAAAAAAGGACACAUCUUUCCAAUACCACAUUCAAGUUCCUCCUCUCAGCCAGCCAUGUCUACCAAGGCUUCCACCCCUAACAAGCCUCGGAGGCUGAGGGUCUCUGACGUGCGUCGGGAGCUCCAGAGCCUGCUCCUGGGGGCAGAGAUGGCCCACAAGGCUGACAUCCACACAUACAGCUGUGGCCACUUGAGCCCCUACGCCCUGAGCCAGCCCCAGCCCCACCGGAGGAGGACAGAGGAACCAAUCUGGCAGACGUCUGAGGUCCUGCCCCCACUGUUUUCUUUCUCUAUGUUCAGUACCAUUUUGCAGAAAAAUGCAUUGAAAGUAUAGAGAGCGUUAAACCACUUAUUGUUUUUACCACUACAUCACUGCUUACAACGACACAACAACAACAACGCACACCUGAUUACCUUGUUAAUAAACACAAUAAUAAAACCUGUGGAAUUUUAACAAUAUUAUAUGACUAUUAAAACAGAGAUUGAGAAAUGUUCUUUAUAGAACCAUUCUCCAUAAAAGUUCUAUACUGAACCAUAAAAAAGGUUCUAUGUAGGGUUUUUUAUAGCACCAUACAUGUUCCAUUUAGAACCUUAUGAGCAUGGUUCUUUAUAGAACCUUCAAAAAAAGGUUACAUGUAGCACCAAAAAGCCAAAUAACCAUUAUUUGGCACAAUAUAGAACCAUUUGUUUUUAGUGUGUGUGUUUAGUGUGUAAUGUGCAGUGUUUAUUUCACAUACAACAACAACAACAAAGCCUAACGUCAACAUAUUCAUUGUCUCUAGGUCCAGGAAAGGGAAAAGGAUGAGGAGGAAGGACUGAGUCCCAGUCCUCUUACGCAACACCUCCAGAGACAAACCAAGAUGGCCGCCAACAUCGAGAAGAUGAAGGAAGCCAUGUUUGAUUUCACUGUCGCCAAGGGGCUAAAACCUAAGGUCUUGAAGCCUGAGCAGCAUGAGAGCAGUACUGGCACACAGAGGGGAACGAAGGGAGAGGAAGGAGAAGAAAGAGAGAGGAGGAAAACAAGAUCCAAGAUGGUUCUGGACACCUCUGAGCUCUUCCUGGUCAAACCCAGCGUAGCAUCACAGACCAAACCUCCUGGAGGUGUUGAGGAGGGGAACCAAGACAGGUAAUAAUGAUAACACUGUAGCAUCACAGACCAAACCUCCUGGAGGUGUUGAGGAGGGGAACCAGGACAGGUAAGUAUUAAGAUUAACAUUUGUCUGGAUUAAAUCCAUAUCGCCGAAGUAUCACUGAAGAUCUGCAUAAAAAUAGUAAGGUAAUUUCCGAUUGAGCUGACAUAUGCAGCGUUUACCGUGAAUGCAGUCUCUGUGACCGAGGGAACAUUGCCUUUAAUUGUCAAUCAUGCUAUGAAGCGGCUCUUCAGCGCUACGGAUUGAUUAGAGACCUUUAUUGUCUUGGACACACAGUACUGCUAAUAAUUAAUUAAUAAUUAUUAUUUAUAUAGCACCUCUCCAUGUACAGUAAGUGCUUUAAAAAUACAAAGGGGGGAAACUUCCCUCUUCCACCACCAAUGUGUAGCACCCACAGUACUGCUGUAUAAAAAAAUAAACACUGCACCUUACACACUCAACACACACACUAAAAACAAAUGGUUCUAUAUUGUGCCAAAUAAUGGUUAUUUGGCUUUUUGGUGCUACAUGUAACCUUUUUUUGAAGGUUCUAUAAAGAACCAUGCUCGUAAGGUUCUAAAUGGAACAUGUAUGGUGCUAUAAAAAACCCUACAUAGAACCUUUUUUAUGGUUCAGUAUAGAACUUUUAUGGAGAAUGGUUCUAUAAAGAACAUUUCUCAAUCUUUAAUAGCCAUAUUAUAUAGUUAAAAUUCCACAGGUUUUAUUAUUGUGUUUAUUAACUAGUUGAAUCAGGUGUUCUAGUUCUGGAAUGGCCGGGGGUUCCUGAGGAGAGAAUUCAGAACUACUGACUUAGUCAACCAUUCUCAGUUGACACAAGGCCAUACAUGAGCAUUUUACAAGACACCACCACUAGCCAUAGUCAUAUAUUAUAUGUAAUAGCAUAACACAACAGAUUAGAUCAACUGGAAUGACACUCUCACUCACGGUUGCACAAAAAGAGCUGUGAGUAAGCCACGCCCCUAAAUAUUCUAGCGCAAGCAUCAUGUUCUACCAACUGAGCCACCCGGGACUGAUCACUAAAAUUAUCACUUAAAGAAAAAAUAACCAUUUUUUAAACUGCAAAUAACCAUUGAAGUGCUCAAAGGGUUCUUUGGAUCAGUAUGGUUCCACAUAGAACCCUUCCCAAACAACCAAUGGAUGUUGCCCAUGUCUUACUAAUAUAAUAUAGUAUAUUCCAUUUAGCAGACACUUUUAUCUAAAGCGACUUACAGUCAGUCAUGCAUGCAUUUUACGUAUGGGUGGCCCCAGCAGGAAUUUAACCCUUGACCUUUGGCGUUGCAAGCGCUAUGCUCUACCGACUGAGCCACACAGGACUCUCUAACACAUCAUAGGAGCCUCUAACACAUCAUAGGAGCCUCUAACACAUCAUAGGAGCCUCUAACACACCAUAGGAGCCUCUAACACAUCAUAGGAGCCUCUUACACAUCAUAGGAGCCUCUAACACAUCAUAGGAGCCUCUAACACAUCAUAGGAGCCUCUAACACAUCAUAGGAGCCUCUAACACAUCAUAGGAGCCUCUAACACAUCAUAUGAGCCUCUUACACAUCAUAGGAGCCUCUAACACAUCAUAGGAGCCUCUAACACAUCAUAGGAGCCUCUAGCACAUCAUAGGAGCCUCUAACACAUCAUAGGAGCCUCUUACACAUCAUAGGAGCCUCUAACACAUCAUAGGAGCCUCUAACACAUCAUAGGAGCCUCUAACACAUCAUAGGAGCCUCUAACACAUCAUAGGAGCCUCUAACACACCAUAGGAGCCUCUAACACAUCAUAGGAGCCUCUAACACAUCAUAGGAGCCUCUAACACAUCAUAGGAGCCUCUAACACAUCACAGGAGCCUCUAACACACCAUAGGAGCCUCUUACACAUCAUACUUUGGUCCAUGAUAUACAGGUACUGGUUCACUCAGUCUCACCUGGUCCAUCUACAGGUACUGGUUCACUCAGUCUCACCUGGUGCAUCUACAGGUACUGGUUCACUCAGUCUCACCUGGUGCAUCUACAGGUACUGGUUCACUCAGUCUCACCUGGUCCAUCUACAGGUACUGGUUCACUCAGUCUCACCUGGUCCAUCUACAGGUACUGGUUCACUCAGUCUCACCUGGUGCAUCUACAGGUACUGGUUCACUCAGUCUCACCUGGUCCAUCUACAGGUACUGGUUCACUCAGUCUCACCUGGGGGGCCUGACCAAGAAGGACCAGAUGAGGAUGAUGAAACACUUUGACAGACAGGUGUUGGGGAAGCAGGACCUCAGGGACAGGAAGUGGAUCAGUGGGAACAAGGCUGCUGAGGUCUACGAGUGGAAGCUAGAGAAGGUGGGGAAGACUAACGUGUUUCUUUGGUUGUUCAAAUUUGACCCGGUACAGUAUAAACAUCACGUAAUAUCAUAACAUUCUAAUUACAACGUAAUAACCUAUGGGUUACUUCUACGUUGCUCUGGAAUUAAUGAUUUGAAACAAGUGGUACGUAGCCUGCAUAAUUAAUAAUAGGCCUACGAGUGGUAAUAGUAUGCUGUAGAUUAUAGGGCCGUGUUCUUCAGUCCUCUACAGGUGUUGAGUUCGGCCGUGUUCUUCAGUCCUCUAGGGGUGUUGAGUUCAGCAGUGUUCUACAGUCCUCUAGAGGUGUUAUGAGUUCAGCAGUGUUCUUCAGUCCUCUAGAGGUGUUGAGUUCAGCAGUGUUCUUCAGUCCUCUAGAGGUGUUAUGAGUUCAGCAGUGUUCUUCAGUCCUCUAGAGGUGUUAUGAGUUCAGCAGUGUUCUUCAGUCCUCUAGAGGUGUUGAGGUCAGCAGUGUUCUUCAGUCCUCUAGAGGUGUUGAGUUCAGCAGUGUUCUACAGUCCUCUAGAGGUGUUAUGAGUUCAGCAGUGUUCUACAGUCCUCUAGAGGUGUUAUGAGUUCAGCAGUGUUCUUCAGUCCUCUAGAGGUGUUAUGAGUUCAGCAGUGUUCUUCAGUCCUCUAGAGGUGUUGAGUUCAGCAGUGUUCUUCAGUCCUCUAGAGGUGUUAUGAGUUCAGCAGUGUUCUACAGUCCUCUAGAGGUGUUAUGAGUUCAGCAGUGUUCUACAGUCCUCUAGAGGUGUUAUGAGUUCAGCAGUGUUCUUCAGUCCUCUAGAGGUGUUGAGUUCAGCAGUGUUCUUCAGUCCUCUAGAGGUGUUAUGAGUUCAGCAGUGUUCUACAGUCCUCUAGAGGUGUUAUGAGUUCAGCAGUGUUCUACAGUCCUCUAGAGGUGUUAUGAGUUCAGCAGUGUUCUUCAGUCCUCUAGAGGUGUUGAGUUCAGCAGUGUUCUUCAGUCCUCUAGAGGUGUUGUGAGUUCAGCAGUGUUCUACAGUCCUCUAGAGGUGUUAUGAGUUCAGCAUAACACUCCAGAUAACGUUUCUCCCCAGCCUCCACUUCACUUCACACAGUUGCAGCUGUGACUGAGUUAUUACCGUACCAUAUGAUGUGUGCCUCCUUCCCCAGGAGCUGAGGAGGCUGUCGGACCAGAGCCGUCCCAGUAGAGACCGUCUGGGGGUGUUCAGUGACGUCUUCAACGACGUCUGUGAAGGCUCGCCAGUAUUCAGAGACAUCCUCAGGGAAAUCAAGGUUUUUCCAUUUCCUCUCCUCUCCCUUACCUCUCUCCCUCCACGGCUCCACUCAGCAGAAGCACAUGGUGAGCAUGUGGGAUGGGAUGAAUUAGAGGAUAGGGACUGGGAGCCUGAGAGACUGACAGUCUCCUGAAUUAGAGGAUAGGGACUGGGAGCCUGAGAGACUGACAGUCUCCUGAAUUAGAGGAUAGGGACUGGGAGCCUGAGAGACUGACAGUCUCCUGAAUUAGAGGAUAGGGACUGGGAGCCUGAGAGACUGACAGUCUCCUGAAUUAGAGGAUAGGGACUGGGAGCCUGAGAGACUGACAGUCUCCUGAAUUAGAGGAUAGGGACUGGGAGCCUGAGAGACUGAUGGUCCCCUGAAUUACAGGAUAGUUUCCCUCUUACUAUGUAAAGCUCUUUGAGUAUCUCAAUUGGUAGAAAGGCGCUAUAAAAUCCAAUCUAUUAUUAUUAUUAUUAUUAUUAUUAUUAUUCAAUCUGUGUUUCUCCCUUCUGCUUUCCAGACAGACUAUGAUCUGUACCUCAACUCUAUUCUGGACUCCCAGACGUCUCUUGAGGACUUGGUAAACAUUACAAACACAUUCAGAUUUUUUUCAAGUUAAUUCGUAGCCUAAUUAUAUGGAAAUCUUACUCAAUGAUUGUCUUCUCACUGCAUAUUAAGGUCUGUACUGACACUUGGUGAGCUUUUGAUUGACUACUGUAACCCCUAUUAAAGUCCUCUAUAUCCUCAAAAUCCAAUCUGGACCUGGAAGCCAGUUCCACUGCUUUUUGUCAUUCCUCCCCUCUUAUCAGGGAUUGAUUUAGACCUGGGACACCAGGUGGGUACGGUUAAUUAUCAGGUGGAACAGGAAACCAGCAGUACUCCGGACCUGGUAGGGUCAGAGUUGAAUACCCCUUCUCUAUCCUGUACUGAUCUUCAUUGGCAGUGUUUUAUCCCUCCUCCUCUCUGUGUUGUGGUCAGUCUGUUCUGGCUCCGCUGGGUGAUCUGGCCAUCGUAGGGGCAGAGGAUCUGGAGGAGGCUGGGAACGAGGUGUCCAGGCUGGGGGAGGAGGCACAGAGGGUCCUGGAGGAGAAUGACCGGUAUGGAUGAGUCUCUGAGGGAAUGGAUAUAUACAGUACCAGUCCAAAGUUUGGACACACCUACUCAUUCAAGGGUUUUUCUUUAUUUUUUAAAAUUUUCUACAUUGUAGAAUAAUAUUGAAGACAUCAAAACAAUGAAAUAACAUAUAUGGAAUCAUGUAGUAACCAAAAAAGUGUUAAACAAAUCAAAAUAUGUAUUAGAUUUUAGAUUCUUCAAAGUUGCCACCCUUUGCAUUGAUGACAGCUUUGCACACUCUUGGCAUUCUCUCAACCAGCUUCAUGAGGUUGUCACCUGGAAUGCUUUUCCAGUAUUGAAGGAGUUCCCACAUAUGCUGAGCACUUGUUGGCUGCUUUUCUGUCACUCUGCGGUUCAACUCAUCCUAAACCAUCUCAAUUGGGUUGAGGUCGGGUGAUUGUGAGGCCAGGUCAUCUGAUGCAGCACUCCAUCACUCUCCUUCUUGGUCAAAUAGCCCUUACACAGCCUGGAGGUGUGUUUUGGGUCAUUGUCCUGUUGAAAAACAAAUGAUAGUCCCACUAAGCGCAAACCAGAUGGGAUGGCGUAUCGCUGCAGAAUGCUGUGGUAGCCAUGCUGGUUAAGUGUGCCUUGAAUUCUAAAUAAAUCACAGACAGUAUAACUAGCAAAGCAGCCCCACACCAUCACACCUCCUCCUCCAUGCUUCACGGUUGGAUCCACACAUUCGGAGAUCAUCUGUUCACCUACUCUGCGUCUCACAACGACACAGCGUUUGACAACCAAAAAUCUCAAAUUUGGACAGAUUUCCACCGGUCUAAUGUCCAUUGCUCGUGUUUCUUGGCCCAAGCAAGUCUCUUCUUCUUAUUGGUGUCCUUUAGUAGUGGUUUCUUUGCAGCAAUUAGACUAUGAAGGCCUGAUUCACGCAGUCUCCUCUGAACAGCUGAUGUUGAGAUGUGUCUGUUACUUGAACUCUGUGAAGCAUUUAUUUGGGCUGCAAUCUGAGGUGCAGUUAAUUGCUAAUUUCUGAGGCUGGUAACUCUAAUGAACUUAUCCUCUGCAGCAGAGGUAACUCUGGGUCUUCCUUUCCUGUGGGGGUCCUCAUGAGAGCCAGUUUCAUCAUAGCGCUUGAAUGGUUUUUGCGACUGCACUUGAAGAAACUUUCAAAAUUCUUGACAUUUUGUCUUCAAUUAAUGAUGGACUGUUGUUUCUCUUUGCUAAUUUGAGCUGUUCUUGCCAUAAUAUGGACUUGGUAUUUUACCAAAUAGGGCUAUUUUCUGUAUACCCCCCUACCUUGUCACAACACAACUGAUAGGCUCAAACGCAUUGAGAAAAUAAAUUCCACACAUUAACUUUUAAGAAAGCUGUUAAGAUAAUUUAUUAACUAACUAUUUCAGUGUCUCUGUGCGUUUCCCAAAGUUUGUAAGACUUUGGUUCAAGAAACGGACAGAGCCUCAGUGCAAUAGCCAGGUCUUUAUUCAGAGAAUCACAUUUUCAGAGUCCAUCUUUUAUACACACACGUCAUACAAAAAUCCCACCCCGCUUUAGGCUGUAUUUUUCCACUGUACAUGGGUUUAGCUGAUGUUUUCCUCUGAUGUUUUCCUCUGCUCUCCUGACCAUCAGGUCUCACACGCACACGCACACGCACACACAUACACACACACACACACACACACAUACAUACAUACAUACACACACACACACACACACACACACACAUACACACACACACAUACACAUACACACACACACAUACACAUACACAUACACACACACACACACAUACACACACACACACACACACACACAUACACAUGUUCUUAUCAUAGUCUACUCCUUGCUCGGGCAGGCUGCAUUCCUCAGUUAUCGCCGUUCUCACAAUAUUCUGACUGCCUCAUUGUACUUCUAACUAAGCUAGACAUGUUAUCAGUUUAUAGUCUUAUGAUUCUAACACUUUUCACACAGUUUCAGGGUGUAAUAAUUAGUCACUACUAAGAAAGUACUAAUCAUACUUAAAACAAGAACAUUUCACAACUCUAUUUAAGGGUGGAACAUUUAGUCAUUACUUUUAACCUGUAUAUAUUUUAAUUUCUAUAUCAAAAGCACACCUGUUAAUUUAAAUGCAUUCCAGGUGACAAAGGGUGGCUACUUUGGAGAAUCUAAAAUAUUAAAUAUAUUUUGAUUUGUUUAACACUUUUUUGGUUACUACAUGAUUCUAUAUGUGUUAUUUCAUAGUUUUGAUGUCUUCACUAUUAUUCUACAAUGUAGAAAAUAGUACAAAUAAAGAAAAUCCCUUGAAUGAGUUGGUGUGUUCAAACAUUUGACUGGUACAUCGGACUAGGGGCUAGAUUCAAUCAGUAGCGCAGAAGAUCUUCAUUAUAGCACAAUUUAAAUUGAAAGGGUAGGUAGCAUAAAUGUAACCACAUGUAACAUAUGGAUUUGCAUUAGUAUACACGCCAAAAGUCCCAAUGCAGAGUUACACCUCACUUAUCUAUUUUUCGAGUUAUUACAUAAAACCGAUCAGAAUGCCAAAGUCAUGCCGGAAAAUGUUUUUGUGGGGUGUGGUGUAAGAUGGAGGACCUGCAAAGUCAGCCUAUUCCCUAUAAUAUAAACUCCAACAGAAAUAACUUCAAAUGUAUAACUUCAAAUUAAACCAAAUAGUUUACUCUCAUGACUACUGGUUUCAAUAAAAUGUUCAGCCAAAUUACAAGCAAAUACUUUACGAAUGUAUUGUUGCUAAUCAGCGUGCCAGGUUGCUAGCCCACUAGCCUGCUAACGUUAUCCCUACCAGCCUGCUAACAUUAUUUUAGCUCUGCAUGAGUCAGCCAGUUGCUAUCAACACCUAGCUUACAGCUACAUUCAAGUAAACCAAUGUUUUGGAAAUACAUAACACCAUCUAAACAGUUAUCAAAUAAUGUUACAGUUAUAUGCAGUUAUCUUACCCAGCCAGCUAAAGUUAGUAAUUUUAGCCUACUAGCCCAGCUAGCCAACCUCUACGGUCGACAUAGCUAAGUAGUAAGCCAGAUAACAACACCUACUAGUCUAGAACAGGCAGGAACACACAGAACACAACAACAACAAAAAGCCAGCAGAUAUAAAGUAGCGAGAGCGGAGACUUACCGAUUGACGGCUGAGUUAGCUACCAGAGAAGAGCCUAGGCGAUUGACGGCUGAGUUAGCUACCAGAGAAGAGCCUAGGCGAUUGACGGCUGAGUUAGCUACCAGAGAAGAGCCUAGGCGAUUGACGGCUGAGUUAGCUACCAGAGAAGAGCCUAGGCGAUUGACGGCUGAGUUAGCUACCAGAGAAGAGCCUAGGCGAUUGACGGCUGAGUUAGCUACCAGAGAAGAGCCAAGGAGAGAGACGCUUCAGAGAGAGCGGCCGUUUCACCGGCCGAGGGAGAGUCAGCUAAUCCAAUAGCAAUAUAGUGAGGUAAAUCCACCGUAGAUUCGACAGGCAAUAACCCAGAGGCAGCAUUGGGCACAGGAGACGAGGAGAAGAGUCAACAAUAAGACAGAGGGGGUACAGGGAAUAGGAGGAGAAGAGUCAACAAUAAGACAGAGGGGGUACAGGGUAUAGGAGGAGAAGAGUCAACAAUAAGACAGAGAGGGUAUAGCAGGGGGAAGAGUCAACAAUAAGACAGAGGGGGUACAGGGUAUAGGAGGAGAAGAGUCAACAAUAAGACAGAGAGGGUAUAGCAGGGGGAAGAGUCAACAAUAAUACAGAGGGGGUACAGGGUAUAGGAGGAGAAGAGUCAACAAUAAGACAGAGGGGGUACAGGGUAUAGGAGGAGAAGAGUCAACAAUAAGACAGAGAGGGUAUAGCAGGGGGAAGAGUCAACAAUAAGACAGAGGGGGUACAGGGUAUAGGAGGAGAAGAGUCAACAAUAAGACAGAGAGGGUAUAGCAGGGGGAAGAGUCAACAAUAAUACAGAGGGGGUACAGGGUAUAGGAGGAGAAGAGUCAACAAUAAGACAGAGGGGGUAUAGCAGGGGGAAGAGUCAACAAUAAUACAGAGGGGGUACAGGGUAUAGGAGGAGAAGAGUCAACAAUAAGACAGAGGGGGUACAGGGUAUAGGAGGAGAAGAGUCAACAAUAAGACAGAGGGGGUACAGGGUAUAGGAGGGGAAGAGUCAACAAUGAUACAGAGGGGGUACAGGGUAUAGGAGGGGGAAGAGUCAACAAUAAGACAGAGGGGGUACAGGGUAUAGGAGGGGAAGAGUCAACAAUAAUACAGAGGGGGUACAGGGUAUAGGAGGAGAAGAGUCAACAAUAAGACAGAGGGGGUACAGGGUAUAGGAGGGGAAGAGUCAACAAUAAGACAGAGGGGGUACAGGGUAUAGGAGGAGAAGAGUCAACAAUAAGACAGAGGGGGUACAGGGAAUAGGAGGAGAAGAGUCAACAAUAAGACAGAGGGGGUACAGGGUAUAGGAGGAGAAGAGUCAACAAUAAGACAGAGGGGGUACAGGGUAUAGGAGGAGAAGAGUCAACAAUAAGACAGAGGGGGUACAGGGUAUAGGAGGAGAAGAGUCAACAAUAAGAGGGUGAUAGGAGGAAGGCUCCAGGCAGAUAGAAAUGAUCACAACAUCACAGUGAGUCAGCUACUGUAGCGCACUAGUACUAAGCCAAGGUUGAAAAACUCUGGUAGCCUACUUCAUGGAGAACACGUGGUGCGGCCCCCACGUGUGGGGAAUCUUAGUGGUUGUUUACAUCACACCUCCUUGUGAUUGAUAAAUUGUAGAUUGUAGCUCAACAUUCAGUGUGCAUGCUAGUGGCUAACCUUAGCCAGCUUGAGACAGCUAACGCAGAGUAGAUUCUCCAUAUGACUUUGAGAAAUAGUGCAUUGUGGGUAGUUUAGAAAAUAUCCGGAAAUAAGUUAACACAUAUGUAAAAACCCCAAAACAUAACUAUGUUUGUAGUUAUAGGUAACCAGAUCGUGACUACAACUAAGUUACUAAGUCUUUGACCACACUGUGUUGUUACUUUGGUCAGUAAAAACUCAUGCUUCAUACCAAAGUUCCCUCUAAGCUACAUGGGGGGCGCGCAGCUCCCACUAGACUGCCGCGCAGAAGUAACAUCAGCCCGCGCAGAGAAGCACGAGAUUGAACUGAACUCAACUUUCUCGAGUUUUCCCCCCUUCGUUAACACUAUCAACGUUUCCCUUUACUGUGGGAAUUGUGAACGAAUCAACGUAAUAUUAGCCACUUGCAUUUCCUUCAUUGUUUCUGAUGGUAGGCCACUCUGGUAGGUCUACAUUAUGAUCAUCCACAGUAACCACUGUCUGAAACUGUAACUUAAAGCGGGUACAGCCUCAGUGUUCACAGUAAACGCGCGCUGGAAGUUGCACAGACAUUUUCACAAUAUUCAAGUUUGCGCUCAGCAGAACAGAAAUUUGCUCAGUGUGCGAAAAAGAAUUUGAGUAAACGUUGCUUCCUACGCUUUAAAUGUAAUUUCCGAUUGAGCUGACAUAUGCAGUGUUUACCGUGAUUGCAGUCUACUUGAAUGUGGGAAAAUUGCUUUUAAAUAUCAAUCCCUCGAUAACGCGGAUCUUCCGCCCUAGGAGUUGUGGUCAACGGUGAUGUAUUACAAAUACUUUGCUUUUGUUCAAAACAUGAAAUACAAAAACUUUUAUUCCAAAAACUUGUAUUGAAUUCCUAGUUUUGGUUGUAUUGAUUUCCUUGUGUGAUAAUGCACUUUGACUUGACUUCAUUUUCAUUUGAUUGUAUUUGUGUCGAUUCUCUGUUUCCCCAGAGUCAGGAAUCAGUUUCAGAACGCACGUGACAGAGUCAUGGAAAUCCCAGAUGAUAAAGGUUGAUUGAUUGAUUGAUUGUUUAGUUGAUUUAUUGCUGUGUUUGUUUGAUUAUUGAUUCAUUGAAUGGUUUGCUUGAUUAAUAAUUCAUUGGUUUGAUUGAUUGAUUGGUUUGUUUGAUUGAAUGAUUGAUUGAUUAAUUGGUUGAUUGAUUGAUUCCAGGGCUCCGUAAGGAGGCCACCCUGCCAGGUCUGAUGAGGCCAGGGGAAGGGGCUGUCUCCUUUAUAGAUCGUGUCCAGCCUAAGAGACGUCAG